AUGUCGUCGGAUCAUCAAGAGAGAAAGACAAUCGUCGUGAAGACGAAGAUGUCGAUGGCCGACGUUCGGAGGGAGCUGUUUGGACCAAUCCAGGAAGCGGCUCGAAAGCCAUACCCAUUUGCCCUCGACCCCAGCACCAUCUGGUGCAAGCUCUCCGAGCUCCGCCUGUGCAUGCUCAUUAUGGAGCAUAAGCCAGUCGGAGAAGAACGAUCCGUCAAGAAGAUGUCGAUAUUCGAGGGGUUGAAUAGGAUUCGAGACGAUGAGCACCCGUCCGUAAAAUUCUUCCUUAGCGAAGAAAACCAGAUGGCUUUCGAUAAACAAAGGGUUGAAUUGGCUCGUGGAAGCACUGUCAGAAUGGUCUUUCCACCAAAGUAUACACUUCGGCCAACGCUCGCAGCCAUCGAGAAGAAGCUCGAAGAAUGGUACAAUCUCGCAAUCUGCGAGAAAAAUGAGCCAAACUCGCAACGAAAAGCGGGAGCAGGCACGUACCAGAUACCGGCCUACAUUCUGGCGGAAAUGGAGAAGAUGAACGCGGAGAAUGGAAACGGAACAUCCACAUGA